AUGGCGGAGGGUGUCCCGCUUAUCCAGGAGGGGGACCAUGUGGUGCUGAAGAAGGAGGACGUGUACAAGGCGGUGCAGGUGCAGAGGAGGAAGAAAAUAAUAUUUGAAAAACAAUGGAUAUAUUUGGAUAACGCUAUCGGCAAACAUUAUGGCACAACGUUUGAGAUAACUGGAGGUGGAAAUCUUCAAACAAAGAGAAGCGAAGCUGCAGCGGCAGAGCCUAAGGAAGCAGGUGCUGACAACCGGAAUAUAAUCGACGAUGGAAAAUCUCAGAAACUAACCAGAGAUGACAUUGAAGCAUUGAAGGAAAAAGGCAUUAAAGGCCAGGAAAUUGUUCAACAGCUUAUAGAAAACAGCACGACUUUCCGGGACAAAACUGAAUUUGCCCAAGAGAAAUAUAUCAAGAAAAAGAAGAAAAAAUACGACGCAAAUAUCUCCAUUUUAAAGCCAUCUACGAGGAUCCUUGCAAUGAUGUAUUAUGCGAGAGAGCCCGGGAAAAUCUGCCAGCUUCGUUAUGAUACAUUGGCACAGAUGCUGACGUUGGGGAAUAUUCACGCGGGCAGUCAAGUGAUUGUCAUGGAAACGUGCGCUGGUUUAGUGCUGGGUUCCGUUAUGGAGCGCAUGGGAGGAUUUGGAUCUGUUAUCCAGAUGUACCCAGGCACUGGACCUGUUAGAGCCGCAACAGAUUGCUUUGGUUUUCCCAAAUCCUUCUACAAAUCCCUGUAUGAAUUUCCGCUCAGUAAAGUGGAGAGUCUGAUCUCUGGGACUUUCUCUGGUCACAGCCAUGUUUCUGCACAGCAGGACUCUGUACAAGGUGGUGAUGAGGAAAGCAAUGGGUCAGCUGCUGAAAAACAAGAACCUGCUCAGGACGUCGAUGAAGACUCUUGUCCUGCCACAGAACCUGAAGGCUCGGCGGACUCUAGCCAACCGGAGAACCAAGAGGAGAUGGAAGUCUCUGGUGAGGAAAGCAAUGAGAGAGGCCAGGAUCCCGAAAAGAAACAGAUUGCAAUGGAGAAGAAGCGUAAACAGGAUGAGAGGAGGAGGAGGGAAUCCGAAGCCCGCGGUCUUGUUACAGAACAGAAAUGCUGAUGGGUUAAUUAUAGCCUCGCGCUUCCACCCUGCACCCCUACUCCUCACAUUGCUAGAAUUUGUAUCUCCAUCCAGACCUUUUGUUGUUUACUGUCAGUAUAAAGAGCCUCUACUUGAAUGCUAUACGAAGCUCCGAGAAAGAGGCGGUGUCAUUAAUCUCAAGCUGUCGGAGACUUGGCUGAGGAAUUACCAGGUCCUGCCAGACAGAAGCCAUCCAAAACUAGUGAUGAGCGGUGGAGGAGGAUACCUACUUUAUGGUAUUACCGUAGCUAGAGAAACGGCAAAGCCCAACAGCAGCCGCCCAGAGAGAACCGAAGAACCAGCACCAAAAAAAUUAAAAUUCACAGAACUUGA